CCUCGAUGUGAGAAGUCGUUUGUUAAAUUAUUAACAAUCGAUGUUUCUAUCGUAACGUAACGUGACAUAAGUUGAUUUAAAUAUUAUUUUAAACGUGUGAUAAAUGGCCAGCAAGUCGAACGGUGUGGAAGGGUCUGAAUGGGCUCGGGCCCCACCCCCCACGGGGUCUAUUGGGGAUAGAAUUGCAAAAAUUUUUUACGACCCUAGUGAUGGAAGCAUUUUGGGAAGGACGCCGAAGAGAUGGGGUAUAGCGGUGGUGUUCUACUCGGUGUUCUACGCGGUGCUGGCGCUGCUGUUCUCACUGUGCAUGGGCGGCCUCUUCCUCACACUCGAUGAUAACAAGCCUUCCUUCAUACUUGACAGCUCAUUGAUAGGUGCCAACCCUGGCGUGGCGUUCAGGCCGCGGCCGGCGGACGGUGUGCUGGUCAAAAUCACCGACGAUGCCUCAAGUGAUAGUUAUGUUAAAGAGCUCAAGGAGUUUUUAGCACCAUACAAAAACGAGAGUUGGUUCACUUCUAAGCGUGGCUGUUCAGCGGACGAUAACUAUGGCUAUCCCGACGCGCCCUGCUUCUUCAUCAAGUUGAACAAAAUUUACGGAUGGAAGCCAGAAUUCUACGAACUAAAUUCGUUACCGUCAGACAUGGAUAGUAAUCUAGUGGAAUAUAUUACCGCCCUGUCCCCUAAUGAGCGUGAGCAGAUCUGGAUCUCUUGCUGGGAGGAGAAGUUGAACGAAACAAAGAUAGAGUAUCCUUGGGGCAUGGGUUUGCCGGGCCGGUUCUACCCCUUCCUCAACCAGGCGGGAUACAACAGCCCGCUCAUACCCAUCAAAGUCACGCCACCAAUGAGUAAUUCAACAGCGGCAAUCCGCUGCAGAGCGUGGGCAAAGAAUAUUGUAUACAACAAAAGCCUGAAGGACCCAUCAGGUUACACCAGGAUACAGCUACAACUGGGACAGUAUGAGAAACUUGCCGAAGAUAUAUAAUUACGGAUAAUCCCAGGCGUGGAUCCAUACUUUUAAAACAAUGUGGUCACCCUAUUGCAGUAGGCGAGUAUUACAAUGUUUUCAUUAAUCCUGUGAUUUCAGAUCUGUACAGUUGUUGUUUUAUUUGGGCAUAACUUUAGGUGUAAUUAAAAAUGAUU